UGGGGGUUGUCUAGCCUCCCAGCCUCCUCACUCUCAGGGCUCAAAGCCUCUCGUCACCACUCACCGGGGCACACAGUCACCUUUGCCACCUGCCCCGAGGCCCUUGACUUCAUUUCCCUAGCACCAUCUGCAUCGUGCCCUUCUGGAACUCUCUCAGGCCCCAGACCACUAUUCCCACCAGCACUUCUGUUCUCUGUACCCCUCUCACUUCUCCUCUCUGCCCCUUCACCACACUGCCUUCCUGUCUUCCCCACUCAACUUGCCUGUCCUUCCCCAGGCCUUCUCUUCCUGCACCUCCUCUCCACUUUACCCUUGCUCCCUUCCCAACCCAACCCUUUCUCUGUGCCCAACCCUGUGGAGCUGGGCCACCUAGACCCCAGGCAUAACCAUGGCAUUCAGGUCGAAAAAGAGGCCCAGGGCAGGGCAUGUCAAAAUGAAGAAGAAGAAGCCCAUAAGGAAGAGACUGACCCAAUAUGACUUGGAGGAACUGAAGAAGGAAGUAGCUCUGGAUGACCACAAGUUAACCUUGGAGGAGCUGAGUGCCAAGUACUCCGUGGACCUGACCCAGGGUCACACCCAAGAAAAAGCGGAGCAGAUCCUGAUCCGAGAUGGGCCCAACAUGCUGACCCCACCACCCACUACCCCCGAGUGGGUCAAGUUCUGCCGCCAGCUGUUCGGAGGCUUCUCCCUCCUGCUCUGGAUAGGGGCCAUCCUCUGCUUUGUGGCCUACGCCAUCCAGAGCCAGUUCCACGAGGAAUCCAGCAAAGACAACCUGUACCUGGGUGUGGUGCUGACUGUGGUUGUCAUUAUCACCGGCUGCUUCUCCUAUUACCAGGAGGCCAAGAGCUCCAAGAUCAUGGAGACAUUUAAGAACAUGGUACCACAGCAAGCGCUGGUGAUCCGGGAAGGACAGAAGAUGCAGAUCAACGUGGAAAAUGUGGUAGUAGGGGAUCUGGUGGAGGUGAAGGGAGGAGACCGGAUCCCCGCUGACCUGCGGCUCAUCUCAGCACAAGGAUGUAAGGUGGACAACUCAUCCCUGACUGGAGAGUCUGAGCCCCAGAGUCGAUCCACUGAGUUUACCAACGAGAAUCCCCUUGAGACCCGGAACAUCUGCUUCUUCUCUACCAACUGCGUGGAAGGGACUGCGAGGGGCAUUGUGAUCGCCACCGGAGAUGAUACUGUGAUGGGCCGCAUCGCCACGCUGACCUCAGGCUUGGAGGGAGGCAAGACGCCCAUUGCCUUGGAGAUUGAGCACUUCAUCCACAUCAUCACUGGCGUGGCCAUCUUCCUAGGCAUCUCCUUUUUCAUGCUCGCUAUCAUCCUGGGCUAUGGCUGGCUGGAGUCUGUCAUCUUCCUCAUCGGCAUCAUUGUGGCCAACGUGCCUGAGGGGCUGCUGGCCACUGUCACCGUGUGCCUGACGCUCACAGCCAAGCGCAUGGCACGCAAGAACUGCCUGGUGAAGAACCUGGAGGCGGUGGAGACACUGGGCUCCACAUCCACCAUCUGCUCUGACAAGACGGGCACCCUCACGCAGAACCGCAUGACCGUGGCCCACUUGUGGUUUGACAAGACCAUUUACAAGGCUGACACUACCGAGAACCAGAGGGGCUUCACAUUUAGCCAGAACUCUGACACCUGGCUCAUCCUGUCCCGAAUUGCAGGCCUGUGUAAUAGAGCUGACUUUAAACCGAAUCAGGAGUCUGUCCCCAUCACGCAGCGUGAGACCACCGGGGAUGCUUCUGAGUCAGCCCUGCUCAAGUUCAUCGAGCUGUCCUGUGGCUCUGUGAAAGAGAUGAGGGAGAAGAACCCCAAGAUGGCUGAGAUUCCCUUCAAUUCCACCAACAAAUAUCAGUUGUCCAUCCACAUCCAGGAACGAAGCUCUCAGGUUCACAUCCUACUGAUGAAGGGGGCCCCCGAGAGGAUCCUGGGAUUCUGUUCCAGCUACCUUCUGCAUGGAGAGGAGCACCCCAUGGAUGAUAAAAUGAAGCAAGACUUCCAGAAUGCCUAUGAAGAGCUGGGGGGCCUUGGGGAGCGCGUGCUAGGCUUCUGCUUCCUGAAUCUGCCCAGCACUUUCGACAAAGGAUUCCGGUUUGACACAGAAAACAUCAACUUCCCCAUGGAAAACCUGUGCUUUGUGGGGCUUAUGUCCAUGAUCGAUCCACCCCGGGCAGCUGUGCCCAGUGCUGUGGGCAAGUGCCGCAGUGCAGGCAUCAAGGUGAUCAUGGUGACUGGGGAUCAUCCCAUCACCGCCAAGGCCAUUGCCAAGGGUGUGGGCAUCAUCUCUGAAGGCAACGAGACGGUGGAGGACAUUGCAGCCCGGCUUAACAUCUCUGUCAGCCAGGUCAACCCCAGGGAGGCCAAGGCAUGUGUGGUGCAUGGCACCGACCUGAAGGACAUGGACUCAGCGAAGCUGGAUGAGAUCCUUCGGAACCAUGAGGAGAUUGUGUUCGCCCGGACAUCCCCACAGCAGAAGCUCAUCAUCGUGGAGGGCUGCCAGCGGCAGGGUGCCAUCGUGGCAGUGACAGGGGACGGUGUCAACGACUCCCCUGCCCUGAAGAAGGCUGACAUCGGCAUUGCCAUGGGCAUCUCGGGCUCUGAUGUGUCCAAGCAGGCGGCUGACAUGAUCCUUCUGGAUGAUAACUUUGCCUCCAUUGUCACAGGCGUGGAGGAGGGCCGCCUCAUCUUCGACAACCUGAAGAAGUCCAUCGCCUACACACUGACCAGCAACAUCCCUGAGAUCACACCCUUUCUGUUCUUCAUCAUCCUGGGCAUCCCGCUGCCCCUAGGCACCAUCACCAUUCUCUGCAUCGACCUGGGCACUGACAUGAUCCCUGCCAUCUCCCUGGCUUAUGAGUCCGCCGAGAGCGACAUCAUGAAGAGGGCCCCGCGCAAUGCCAAGACCGACAAGCUGGUGAAUGAGCGGCUCAUCGGCAUAGCCUACGGGCAGAUCGGGAUGAUCCAGGCUUUGGCUGGCUUCUUCACAUACUUCGUGAUCCUGGCCGAGAACGGAUUCCAGCCUUCAGAUCUGCUGGGCAUCCGCAUCAGCUGGGAAGAUCGCUACCUCAAUGACCUGGAGGACAGCUACGGGCAGCAGUGGACCUAUGAGCAGCGGAAGGUGGUGGAGUUCACCUGCCACACGGCCUUCUUCGUGAGCAUUGUGGUGGUGCAGUGGGCCGAUCUCAUCAUCUGCAAGACUCGCCGCAACUCUGUCUUCCAGCAGGGCAUGAAAAACGGUAUCCUGAUCUUCGGCCUCAUAGAGGAGACCAUCCUGGCAGCCUUUCUGUCCUACUCCCCAGGCAUGGACAAGGCACUGCAUAUGUUCCCGCUCAAGGGCUACUGGUGGCUCUGUGCCCUCCCCUACAGCUUCCUCAUCUUUGUCUACGACGAGACCCGGAAGUUAAUCAUCCGGCAUCGGCCAGGCGGCUGGCUGGAGAAGGAGACCUACUACUGAAAUAGAGCCAGCCCUGUGGGACAUGUGUCCUGGGCAAAGGGUCCUCGAGAGCAAGUGCGUGGAGAGGAGAGAGUAGCAGAGGAAGGACACAGGAGAUGGGCACCCCAGGCAACAUCGGGUGAGCCUAGUCCCAUGUGGCAACUGGUCAGAGUAAACUUGGCACCUGGCUCUCCA